CAUUGGUCCGCGUCUAUGGAAGAUAUAUAAGUCCCAAAUGAUGGUUUAGAUGGCCGUCUCUUGAACCACACAUCUCAACUGAAUAGUUACAUUCACAUUCUCAGACACAAAGAUCCCUUCCUGUACUCAGGUUUCUUGUUCUUUUUAAAAAGAAAAUCAGAUCAGCAUGUCUUCGUACGCCGUCACUGGAGCCUCACGAGGCAUCGGGUUUGAAUUCAUAAAACAAUUCUCAAACGAUCCGGCAAACACUGUCAUCGGUCUGGUUCGAGACGUCAAAGCCACCGAAGCCAAGGUCCAAGCGGAGCUCGGGGGAAGAAGCAAUGUCCAUAUUCUGCACGGGGACUUGGACAGUUACGACUCGUUGAAAAAAGCAAGUGAAGAGACUGCCAAAAUCACCGGCGGAGGACUCGACUAUCUCAUCCACAACGGCGCUCGUCUCGUCGACAGUUCUUCUUACUUCACCUUUACUCAGCUCGGCGAGAAUCCCGUGGCUCUGGAGCAAGAAAUCCUCGCCGGUUGCAAGUCCAACAUUGUCGGAUCCAUCCAUUUGUUCAACUUGUUUGUCCCGCUCAUUCUCAAGGGCCAAAAGAAAAAGGUCAUUGCCAUCUCCUCUGGCCACGCCGACCCGGACCUGAUCACCAAAUACGAUCUCGACACUGUUCCCACUUACGUCAUCGACAAGAGCGCACUCAACAUCAUCGUGGCCAAAUACAGUGCCCAGUUCAGAAAGGACGGUGUGCUCUUCCUGAGCAUUAGCCCUGGAGUUGUCAAUACUGGACAUUUUGAUCCUUCCAAUUUGAGCGAGAAAGAAUUGCCAGGGUUUGCUGCGACGGUAGCAAAGUUCCAGGCAUAUGCGCCGCAUUUCAAGGAGCAGCUCACCACAGAGCAGUCUGUCAAAGCCAUGGUCUCGGUUUUUGAGAAGGCGAGUGUCGAAAAUGGGGACGGUGGAGCCUUUAUCUCUCACCUGGGAUCCAAGCAAUGGAUUUGA